UAGAUACGCGAUUCAGUCAACUCCGUGGAUUGACCAUAGAGCCACUGCAGAGUGUUUUGGUGUCAACUAUUCGUGGGACAAUUGUGUAAAACUGGCUCACCAAUUUUGGAUUUCGUAUCAUCCGCCUACCGGGGCGAAGCAUACAUCUAGCGGUGAUGAGACUCCGCCAAUACCAGAAGAGGAAUUGGAGCAGCAGAAGAUUGAACACGAACGUCAAAUGCAGAAGGAAAAGGAAUGCCAAGCACGGGAGGCUGAGGAGGACCGGAAGCUGGACAUAGAGUUACUGCACCAGCGGGCCAUUGAAGCGGAGGCAGAACAAAAGAGGGAGAUCGCCGACGCGUCAGGGGCGGUGCGUGGCAUGAACACAUCGUGGUCGCACCACGGCCUGUGUGAGCUGCCGCGCAUGGCGACUAGGUGGCGUCACAGUAGACCGUCCAUACCGGACACCCAUUAUAGAAAUAUAAUUGCGCAGAAUAUGCUGAAAAAGGCGUGCAGUGCACAGUUGACCACGCCUCACUCUAUACAAAGCAUCACGGAAUGUGACAACUGGAUCAACCUAUCCCGCCUAGGAACUCGUAGAGAUGACUCCAUAGACAGUGACGUGUGCUGCGAAGGAGCGGCGUGCGAGGCAAGCGCGGACGCUCGCGCCUGGCGGUCCUCGGCAAGCGACGUCUGCCCUCAAAUGCGAAUCGACAGGGAUCGAGCACCCUCAUGUCCAGGAUGUCGUGCUCCGAUUGCCUCCCUGGAUUGCAUGGAUGAUUUCAGCGCAAAUUCUCAGCAGAUGCUAGAUCAAGCUGGAGAAAUCAGUGUGUCUCGGCAUAUGUCAACGUAUAUGGGAAUUCACGCCAACAUGCCUUCGGUGGUAACUCCCGGAUUAAGGUACAAAAACCUAGGCAAAUCCGGUCUCCGCGUGCCCAAUAUUGGCGUAGGCAUCUGGACUAUGCUUAAUGAAGAUUACGCGGAGGACAUUAUACUGACUGCUCUGGAGAACGGUAUAAAUCUGUUCGACUUGUCGGAGGCUCAUUGUGCAAAAGGCGAAGCUGAACUGGGGAGGAUUCUAAAGAAAAUAAACGUUAGACGAACGAGUAUUAUUAUUACGACAAAGAUUUACUGGAGUACCAAGUUUGGUAAUGACAGGUCGGAUGAGAGAGGUCUAUCUCGUAAGCAUAUAAUCGAAAGCAUCAAGGCCUCGCUGGCGAGACUACAGGUGGAAUAUAUCGACGUGGUACUCUUGCAUAAGGUCGAUCCUGUUUGCCCGAUGGAAGAAUUGGUACGUGCUAUGAAUUUUGUUAUAAACCAAGGAUGGGUCAUGUAUUGGGGGACGGCUCGUUGGUCACCUGCUGAGAUAAUGGACGCCUACACAAAUUGCAGACAGUUUAACUGUAUUACUCCGAUAGUAGAACAAACAGAAUACCACAUGUUCUGCAGGGAGAAACCAGAAUUAUACAUGCCUGAGUUAUAUCAUAAAAUAGGAGUAGGUAUGAUGGCGUGGUCGGCCAUAACGACUGGCAAGGGGCUGGGCCGCGAGGAGAUCACGGGGCUCUUCGCCAAGUCCCGGUUCAACAGGAAGUACAGCACGUUCAGUUGGUGCGAGGAGGACCUGGCGGUACCAGACAUGAGAAGCUCCGGAAGUAAGGAGCAGGUGACAGGUGAAGAACCUCGGACAUACGGAGACAAGUUACGUGACCUAUCGAAUCUCGCAAAUUCACUGAAUUGCUCGAUGAGUCAACUGGCUGUGGCGUGGUGCUUGAAAAAUGAAUCAGUCAAUUGCCUGCUUUUAGGCGCCACCAGCGUUGAACAAUUUAAAGAAAACAUUCACGCGUUACAGAUUGUCCCGCAAUUAACACCCUUAGUAAUGGCUGAGAUCGAAAGGUUGUUAGCGAACAAGCCACAACGGCCCCCCAUGGUGUCUACGCUGGCCAUGCGGAACCAACAGAACAAUAACACUGUGCGAGUAGAUAUGACCGGCGCAACGUCUGGAACGGGCUCGCCUAAGCCCGAGGGCGAGACGAUCGAGGGCGAAGCCUCCACCCCCGGCAAGGAGCCCGGGAGGGGCUUUUGUGAGAUUCAGUGACCGUGGUGGCGCGGAAGCACUGACUCUGCUUCCAAAUCUAGUAAAUCAAAGGAAUCGCUUAAGGAAUCGAAGCCAAAGUUCUUUUUGAAUAAUGCGGGCGAAGUCAUCAAGCGAACAGAACAAGACGGUAUAUCAACUGACGUGGUUGUGUCGGUGUCAUCGCUGAAAGGCAAGCAACCAGCGAGCGGCGGCAGCAAGGUGAAGAAGUCCAAGUCGGAGCCGGCGCGCGCCCGCUCCUCGUCUCUGCAGCGCUCGUCCUCGGGCCAGCUGGCGGGCGCGCGCGACCGACGCCGCUCCCGGCUCGACCUCUCCUCCCCGGCGGACAUAUAACACGAGGUGAACAUGGCCUGCAUCACCUCUAACAUGCCUGGCUUAUUCUAUGAAAACGAAAGAGAAACUGUUGCGAAACCACCCCGCCGGCAUUACCUGUUCGAGAGCGACACCCAGGCCCCGGCGACCUCCCAACAGAUGGGGUGUGCGUGCGGCCAGUGCGAAUCGACCUCAGAAACAUAUACGAAAAUUUAAACUGGAAGUGAUUUAAUAGAUCUGUGAUGAAGUUAACCAAUAAUGCAAAUCUUGUACGGGAUAUAAACAAUCGAUGGAUAUAUUAUCUAGUAAAGUGAGUGUUACCAAAAUCUUUAUUGUAGAGCCUACCUUGUUUCGAAUCGACAGAUUCGAAUCGAAUCUACUUGAUAAUUAGAUAGUAUACGUAAGGAUGUAAACAUCUAGAUUUGUAAAAAAGGAUUGUCACUCUUGCACAUGUAGGUAGUUGUUUAUAUAUGACCAGCCAAAUAGGGAAGUAAGGCAAAUAAAUACUUUUCGUACUGUUUUCGUAGUGGGUACGACUCGAAGUCCUAAUUAGAUGGAAUUUCAAGAAAGUAAGCGAUUAAUCCAGUGCAUUUUAGAAGUGUCUUUUAAUACUACAAUGUAAUUUAAUAUACAGAAAUUGUGAUCCAGGUGUCUCGAAAGCGACACGAUCGUCAAAUUCAGUAGAUUCCUUUGAAAAUACUAGGUUAGGAAGAUUAUUUAAAAAAAGUCAUAACCUAUAAAUGCUUUUUCUGAUACGCAAAUAUUAACUUGGUCCGUCUGGCUUAAACAAUUUGAGAACUUAAUUGGUCAUAUAUGCAAGCCACUCACACCACCUGCUCGAAAGUUAAGCCUUCUAGUGUGCAUACCAGCAUAUUUGUCAUGCUUCCGCCGAGUAUUUAAAUUCGCACCUCCGUUCUAUAGAGUCCACUUUAUAAGCAGGCAUCGUAUCUUAUAACGUGAUACGAUAGUAGGGCCAGAGCUGUGCCCUGGUUUCAACAGAGUACCUAAUAAUAGUUUACUAUUAUCGUCCUAUCCGGCAAAUCACUGCCGAAUUUAGUGCGCGGUCCUUAAGAAACCUAGAUGUACAUUCUUUGUCGGUAUAGAUACAAAUUUGGUAAAAUCCUAUAUAAAUAGGUGAUUGAAUUUAGAAUUAAUAGGAUCACGUAAUUGUACAUGAAACAACUGU